AUGUAUUCUAAUGUUCAAAAUCAGAAUACAAAGAAUGAAUAUUUGAUAACAACAUCCGACUAUUUGCUGGAUUUGAGCCGUCCGCAAAACAAGAAAACAACAAUUUCUGUGUAUAGGGGUAUAAAUAAUAUAGAAACAAUUCAUACAUUAGGAAAAAAAAACAUAAUACAAGUGAGCUCAGGUUUAAAUCAUGUUUUAUUUUUGACAUUGGAUUCUGAGGUUUAUUCAUAUGGGACUGGACUAUUUGGCCAGCUUGGCCAUGGAGAAUCCAUACAAAAAUUAAAGGAACCAAAAAAAAUACAAAACAUCGAAGGAAUAAAGAAGAUAACAACGGGAACUUACAGUUCUAUAGCUCUAACAAAUAGAGGUGAAAUAUAUAGAUGGGGAUUGUAUGAUCUAAAGAGUCCAAUAGUGUUCAAACCAAAAUUGGAGACAUUUUUUGGAGGGAGGAAUAAGGUUGUGGAGGUGGAAUCAUAUAAGGAGAAGACAUGUAUAGCUUUAGACAAUGGCGAGAUAUAUGCUUGGGAUUUUCACAAUCCUAGGAUAGAAUUAAUUUGCAGGCUUAGUGAUACAAUAGUUCAACAGAUUUCAAUAGGAGCUUAUUUUACACUAGUUUUAGAUUCCGACUCACAAUUAUUUGUAUGGGGAGAUAAUACAUUUGGUGAAUUUUGUGAAAGUGAUAUGUAUAUAUAUAAUUCAAAUUUUCCAAAUUUUAGUAGGUUAAGAAUAGAGUCUUGGGGUCUUUCAACAAAAAAUUCAGGUUUAAGAAAUGAAAAAGAAAAUGAAUCACCAAGUAAUGUUCAUGAAAAUGAGAAGAACGAGAAAAUUUUGGGUGGUAACUCAAGGGAAAUAUAUAUAGAAAAGAUAUCAUGUGGUGAGAAGCAUUGUUUAAUAUUAACUUCAAUUAAUUCUAUUUUAUGUAUGGGAGAUAACACAUAUGGGCAAUGUGGUAUACUUGAUGAUAAAAAAAAUAUUUACCCUCCAAUCACUUUGAAAAAAUUUAGUGAAUUAGAUUUUUUAAAGCCAUUUAUAUCAUGCGGUAAUAGAUCGUCAGCAAUCAUUUCUCCAACUGGUAAACUUUUUUUAUGUGGACAGUUGUUUGAAAAUUCAAAAUCCAACAAAAGGGUUGGAGUUUCCAGAUAUGCUGAAAAAAUUGAAAACCCCUAUCGGCUUUCUACCGAGUAUUCAAUUAUUCACAGGAACUCUUCUGUAAUUAAUUUCAAUGAUAAAAAUUUUAUCGUAAUCUCAAACUAG